UAUAUUAUAUCAAAUAUUUAUAAGUCCAAUGAAAUCCUUUGCUUUCCCUGUGUAGCUGAUGCACAUUAAAUUGUCCUGGCCAAGCUGCGAACUGUGGUGAUCCUCUUUCGUCGCGAAAGAAAUGGCUGGGCAACAGUAAAGAAAUCAAUUAAGUGUGUGCGACCAUGUGGGCAGUGGGUGGUUGGUUCCGUGGAAAAGUGGGAGCCGGGAAGUUUCCAAGUUUCCGGCGUUUGCUGCGAUGGCGAUAGAUAAUAAUGAACGAUAAGUGUUAGAGUUGCCGCCUGCCAUCAGUCACCACGCCCAUUCAGGGCCAUUCGGGCCAUCCAUCCGGAUCCAGCCACCGAUGGAUGGGGUUGGAGGUGAAUCCUUGAGCUCUUCGAGAGCAUUGUUUGGCAUCGCCAGCCCGCCUCUUCAUUUGUUGACUUCGAGCUGAGUGCAUGUGUAAAUUUAGCUAACAUUUUAAGUGUCAACUUGCUAUGACAACUAGUUGGGCUCCCGCCUCGCCCAGGAAGUCCGUAUCCGGAAAACGGCACUGGAGGCAGCUUUGUGUGAUUAAUGGCACGGCGCAGCGCUUAUUACGAUGGAAAUGGAAAUAGCAUGGAAUAUUUCUGAGCAUUGAGCCUGAAACUAAAAUUUCCCUACCUUGCGGGCAUAUGAGUCUUUAGUUUUGCAUGAUUUAUGUUAGACAAAAUACUUGGAAAGAGGAAACAUAUGUACGCCCUCAAACUUCCGGCGCUUUGGUGGCGUAAAAUGUUUGCCACCAAUAUCCGUUCGGUGGCCGUAGAAAUCGUCCUGGUGUUGCCGUGAGCGCUAGUCCUUUUUCCUUUCGCGAGUCCUGAAUCCGCGUCCCUCGCUCAUUUCCGGUUCGCCGUUUUACAUUUGCAAUUCGAAUCGGAUUUGAAUCGGAAUCAGAAUCAGAAUCGGCGCGAGGACAUUUCCAUUCCUUUUCAUUUUGUUUUUUUUUGCGCUUUGCGUUGCAUAUGCGAGGGCUAAUUAGCAUGCUGCAUUUCCAGCAAUCAGAGUAGAGCGCACCAUAGGAAUAAUAACGCGGAAUGGAAGAGGAUGUGUAUGCCUCGCUAGGUGCCUACAACGACAGCGGUGGCGAGGAUUGGACCAGCUCCGAGCACCUGGUCCUCUGGGAGGAGGAUGAGGCGCAGCGGGCUACGGUUAAUGCCAGCAAUCGGCAUAAUCAUUUGCAUGUGGCCAGGUGGAAUGCCAGCGGCAAUGCGAGCAUCACCGCGAACUUCGAGGAUGUGCCCUUCGAUGCGAACAACUACUGGGCCCUGUUGGCCCUCGUCCUCGUCCUGGGAACGGCGGCCGGGAACAUCCUUGUCUGCCUGGCCAUCGCCUGGGAGCGCCGGCUGCAGAAUGUGACCAACUACUUCCUCAUGUCGCUGGCCAUCACCGAUCUUAUGGUCGCCGUGCUGGUCAUGCCGCUGGGCAUCCUUACGCUGGUGAAAGGCUACUUUCCCUUGGGCUCGGAGCACUGCCUGACCUGGAUCUGCCUGGAUGUCCUCUUCUGCACGGCCAGCAUCAUGCACCUGUGCACCAUCUCCGUGGACCGCUAUUUAUCGCUGCGCUAUCCAAUGCGUUUUGGCCGGAAUAAAACACGUCGACGGGUCACUCUCAAAAUUGUUUUCGUUUGGCUGUUGAGCAUCGCCAUGAGCCUGCCCUUGAGCUUGAUGUACUCAAAGAAUCACGCCUCGGUGCUGGUGAAUGGAACUUGCCAGAUACCGGAUCCGGUGUACAAGCUGGUCGGCUCCAUUGUGUGCUUCUACAUUCCGCUGGGCGUGAUGCUGCUGACAUAUUGCCUGACCGUCCGCCUUUUGGCCCGGCAGCGCCAGAAUCUGGGUGGUGGACAGCAGACGGCGGCGGCCACUCCCGGAUGGGCCAGUGGAUGGCUUGGCCAGGCACCGGCCUUGGAACGACGAUGCACCUGGCGACGCCUUUUGAAGCCGGGUCCGGGUAACGCCUCCACGGUGCUGCACGCCCACUCGGCCAAUUCCACGGAUACGGAUCUGAGCACUUUGGACAACCACGAGCUCUGGCUGCCCGAUUCCAGCAUAAAGGAGCCAACGCCCACGACCAUGACGGCCCUGCAUCAGUUCGGUGCCGAGAUGCUGAAGCUAUCCCGUGGCCUGGAGUCGGUGGCCUCGUCAUCCACCACCGGUUCACCCACCAAAUCCGAAUUUUCCCUAUCGAACCACCUGCAGCUGCAAUACCCCAGCAGCCCCCAGCGAUAUGCCACCCACCAGCAGACCCACCAUCAGCACCAUCAGCACCAGCAUAACCACCAGCAGCAUCCGGCCGGAGUUUACCACCAGCAGGCAUCGCCCAAGGGUCGCCACGGAACCACAGUCCUGGGCCUGUCCACCACCACGCUGGGCAUCGAACGGGAGAGCACCCGGAAUUCCCUGGCCAGCAGUCGCAUGGGCGGCGAACAGAGCGAUGGUACUCUUUCACAGCUUUCUCAGCGAUUGCGUGCGUAUAAAAAGCGACGAAGAGCUUCGUCAGCUGUUCCAGGACGCGACAGACGUUCGGGGCACGAGGACGCAGACGAGGAUGUGGACACGCCCACGUCAACGCUGCGCCGUCACAAGCGCCAUAAUAGUCUGCCCAAGAAUGCACUCUAUCCGCGACACACCACUGUACAGGAGAGCCUCGAUGAUGACGACGACGACGAGGAGGAGGAGAGUCCGCAACAGAAGGAGCAACAGGCGAAGGCGAAGGGCUGCCACUCGGACACUGAGCUAGAUCCUCCGCAGAAGGCGAAGCAGUGCCACAUCGCUGGCCAGAAUCACCAGACGGACUACCUGCAGCUGCCCUCCGUUUGCACCUGUCCGUACUUCGGGGACAGACCACUCCAGAAUUGCGUGAAAUCGGCGGAGGUCAAGAUUAUCUCGUCCGCCUUCCGAGUGACCACCACCACGACGGCGGUGAGCAGCUCGCCCAGCGAAAUGGAGCUACUCAUGUGCAGUGGCGGCAACAAGAAGUCACUGACCUCCAGUGUGAGUGCCGGCACGACUGGUGGACCAGCAGGAGCAGCUCCUGCCACAGUUGGCUCCACCCUGAGUCCACACUCUGCCCACAAUCAGGGCAGUUCGCUAACUGUUCAGAGCGAUGGUAGUGGGUACUUGGCUGCGCCGGGAACUCCUUGUCCUGGCCGACGAAAGCUGAGCAUCUCAAAGACCGCAUCGGUGGUUACGUGGGAUUCAAGUCGUCAUCGGCGGCGGGGCAGCAGUUUUGGUGGAGUGCGCACAUCCCUGCUGCUGACGCCCACCAAAACAGCGACCGCCUUCAACUCAUCGACACCCUUGAGAAGAUCGGCCACCUUGAGGAGUCACCAGAACAUGAACUACCAGGGAGCAGGCGAUUGUGGGAGCAAGACCAGGACGACCACCUCCUCGCCCUGCAUGUUGCAGCGGCAGCAAACGGUGCGAUCUCAUCACUCGAGGAACUCCAGCGUGAUCUCCAGGAACUCCUCGCGCCACGGCCGGAUCAUCAGGCUGGAGCAGAAGGCCACCAAGGUGCUGGGAGUGGUGUUCUUCACCUUCGUCAUCCUGUGGUCGCCAUUCUUCGUCCUAAAUCUCCUGCCCACUGUGUGCGCGGAAUGCGAGGAGCGAAUCAGCCACUGGGUCUUCGAUGUGGUCACCUGGCUGGGCUACGCCAGCUCCAUGGUGAACCCCAUCUUCUACACCAUCUUCAACAAGGUGUUCCGGCAGGCGUUCAAGAAGGUCCUGUUGUGCCGGUAUUCCAGCACGAGUGCCUGGCGACCGAGCAGAUAGCAGACGCCCGUUAAACCGGGCAAACUCAAGACGAAUACGCACAAGUGCGCCAGUGUGGAUUUUCAGGAUUCCACUGCUCCGGUGCGGGGCGUUCUGAAAAGAAGUGUGGCAGUGGCAAGUGACAUAUAAAUACGGCAAGGAGCGGUCAUUUCGCCUGCGGUCCACCGCACAACGUGCCGUAUACGCAAUCUCGAAGGGACGAUAAUGCCCACCCACCCAGCACUCCACACUGCUCACACGUGUGUCCUUGGGGCUUAAAUGCUUAUGUGCCUCUAAUUAAUUUCAAAUUCAAUUUGCAUGCCAUUGAAAACACAUGUCCCAGGCGUAAGAAGUGGAGCUGAGUGAAUUAGUUUGAAGUGAAUCGGAGUCGGAUUCGGAUCCCCGCAGGAUUGCCAAGGGUUGGGGAUUAAACUGGACGCAGACAACAACAUAACGAGCUUGGUACUCGCCCCAUUGUGGUUCCUUUGCAAACCACCAUUUCCCACAGCUUUCAGCCUUCAGCAAAACGGCAAGGAUGCAAUUAAUUGCGGAAUGUUUGCUUUCGAAUAACGUUGUACCGUCAAACACAUUUGCUCUUCGACCAAGUUCUUGCGCACAGAAAUUUCGUGUCAAUCUGAAGAUAUAUAAAACCACUUACUGCGAAUUUUUUUUAGAUUCACUACGUACUAUAAAAGAGAACUUCUCUUUGAAGAGAGUUUGAAAAGAAUUUUGGUAAGUUUAAAGCUUGUCUAUAAGGCCAAACUUUAAAAAUUCCUAAAAUAAAAAAGCGCCAACGUCGCUUUGCAAACUUCGAUCGAUAAACGCUAUUUUGUUCGGCUUUUGGCAAUUAUACAUUAAAUUUAUGGCAAAUUCGCAAGCCGCAAAUGCACAAAGAAUUUCAUCGGUAGCCAUUAAUGAAACCGACACGUACACAAAUCCACGGCAAUUUGUGACUUUUGUUGUUUGUUUGUGUGGUUGGACCGGCAGAUUGCUAUUUUUAUUUGAAAAGUUCAUUCAUUUUGUUUUAUUUCUGUGGCCAAAUGAAAAAUUUCAGCUGGUCACGUAAGAAUUUGACGGUCAGGAUGUGAAUGGCGAUUUCGGUGGCCAGAAGGCAGCUGAGAAUCCUGUUGGCCGAAUCGAAACCGAAGUCGGAGCAGCUGGCUGAAUGCUGAAGGACAUCAAACAACAAGGGGCCAACUGUAAUAACGAAAGCCGGAUGAAAGUUUCGAAUGUGCUGCCAAGUUUUAAAGUCCCAGAUGAGCGGUACGCUUUUUGCUUGGUUUGGGUGGUGGCAAAUGAUAGGUAAUGACGCCAUUAGUGACAGCCACUCAAAGCCCCUGUCUCGAUGACACCUCACCAAAAAAGAAAAAAAAACAGACGGCAAAAUUUGCGCCAUUUUUGCUGACAAAUUUGUAGCGUCCCCGCACCGAAACUUCGCACAGCAGGCGGCUGUGGAAAAUGCUGAGAACAGACAUAAGGAAACCCCCGUGGCACUUGGAAAUUUAUAGCAAUUUUAUCGCCGGCGGAAAUAUUUUUUCCACUUCAUUGAAUCCUUGGCAGGAGCAGGUCGCGACCCAGUCUCAAAGUGUCGCACUCGUGGAACUUCAUUGAACUUUAAUGGCAGGCCGUCGGGCAAACAACAAAGCCAGGCCAUCAGAGACACUCGAUGGACCUGGCUGUAACCCAACUUCCGUGUCUCCUAUCACCUCGCCUUCCGCUGAUUCUGCAACAUAUGUAAGCCCGUUUGGGCCAAGAAAAUAAAAAACUAACUGGGGGCGCACAGCCAUUACAGUGGCCCAAAUACCUGGGAAAAGUUUUUGGAACUCAUUUUAGGGCCGCAAAAUGCAAAGAGUGUAAAUGGUCGGCUAUCAAAAACUUUCUUCGUUGUUUCCUUCGCUGGUACAUUUCUUCAUUCAUAGAACACUUUACCUUUCAAAAGUGAUUUCCCUAACAAAAGCAUUCUGGGAAAGUCUACCUUCAGGGUUGUUUAAAUCAUAUCAACUAUUUUUCCCUGACCACUACCAAAAGUUUUUUCAACUUUAUUGGUCUGAUUAAAAAGUUGAAGAGCUCUUAUAGUUACUAAACGGCAAAAUACAUACACAAUAGACAAGUUUCGAUAGUAGAAAAUACUCAACAACACAUGGCAUGAAACCAUUGUCUGAAGCACAUAAGCCCUAAAACAACUUCACAAUAGCAUAAGUUUAAAACGAAUUUAAAACCAACUCACACAGCACAGUAAAUAUAACUUGUAAUAGAUGUUUUGAAAGCGAAUUAUGUACUACCCACUAAGAAGAUAGAACUCUGUAAAUUGUAGAUUGAUUAAUCACUGAUUUAAUAAGAUAAAUCAGGAAAGGGGAGCAUUGUGACAAAACGCUUUUACCAGUAGUUAUAAGGAGUGGCACUUAGCAGUUGCCAACUCUGGACCUAAACUGACCUAUGGAAUAAGUAACUUUUGUAUAUACUUCAACCAAAUAACAAUAACACCCUUGGGGCAAUCAAGUUGUGUAUUAUUUGUGUUUAGUCUAACGACCGGAUGAUUGGAGUAGAAAAACCCGUCAAGCCCUGCCCUGAUUAGAUUAGAUUGUAGUGUAGCUUGAUGGGGAUGUUUUGUGAUUUGUCGACAGAUGGAACAUGUUUACUAUUAAAUAACUAACUAUCAAAACACCUCCAACAAUGGACAAUGAAAAGCCGAGCGCAUUUUUUGAGGGUUCAAACUUAAGGUUUCCACGAAGCGAAACUUUCGAAUUUGUAAAAGAAUUUAGUACACCCAAACCGAAACCAAGCUUAAAUUGCUUGCGUGUUUUACAUGAUAUUUAACAAUAAGCAGCCGAUCUAAUCAAAAUUGCUUUCAAUGAUACAACAAAGAAAAACAUAUUAAUAAACAAUACCAAAAAAUCUAAAUAGCCCGAAAUGACAUAUCCCCAUGUAUAAGUGUGUAUUUUAUGAUAUAGCCAUAGCGUAUCCUUCCUAAUCUAAGUCAAAGACACUGAAACGUAGAUAAAGAAAUAUGUGAAACAUAUUAGCUAUAAUGUUUUAUG